AUGAAGGCGUGGAUUUUUGCACUUCUAUCGUGGACUUGCAUUUUGUGCUUGACAGCGGACGCGCAAAAAAGAUGCUCGGAGACGCAAUUCCAGUGCAAAAACGGGGAUUGCGUGGACAAGCGACGGGUUUGCGACUCCGUCCCGGAUUGCACUGACGGAUCUGACGAGGAAAGCUGCAAAUGUGCCGAUGACGAGUUCAGGUGCGUGUCAGACGGCAAAUGCAUUCCCAUGGAUUUGCGAUGCGACAGUAUCUUGCUCGACUGUGACGACGGCUCUGACGAGGAAGGAUGCGGGCUCACUUGUCGUCAGAACGAGUUCGAAUGCAAAUUGUCCCGCAGAUGCAUCAGGAAAGACGAAGUGUGCAAUGGAAAGACGGAUUGUCCCAUGAAAGAGGAUGAGUCGAAUUGCGAAUGCACAUCAAGCCAGUUCAAGUGCAGAGACGGAAAAUGCAUACCAUUGAGCGAACGUUGCGAUUCCGUCCUGAAUUGUGCCGCCGGAGAGGACGAACGUGGAUGUGUCGACACUGGGACGAUUUCCACUAUCGUCACUGUCCCGCCGAAGACGUGCAAGUUCGACGAUGUCCCGUGUUCCGACGGGACAUGUGUUUCUUAUUCUAAGCAGUGUGACCGAGUGAAAGAUUGUCCUGACGGAGAGGAUGAGAUUGCUUGCGCUUACUGCGAAGCUGACCAGUUUCAGUGCGGAGACGGAGAAUGCUUAUCCAUGAAAGUAAAAUGUGAUGGAUUCGCAGAUUGUAAUGAUGCUGCCGACGAGCUUAAUUGUGGCGAGUGUCGACCAUCAGAUUUUCGUUGCGAUGACGGGGCUUGCAUCAAUCUCAGUCGCAGGUGCGACGGAUAUGACGAUUGUUUGGAUGGUGGGGACGAGAAAGAUUGUUCCUCCACUGGAUCCAGUUUGCUACCGGAACGGUGUCCAAAUGACAAGUUUUCCUGUCGGGACAACACAUGCAUCGAUCCAAGAUUGCGCUGCAAUGGUCAAAGGGACUGUCUUGACGGCUCUGACGAGGAAGAUUGUUCUACGAUAUCGUAUAUCACGGUUGAAUUGCGAUUCCGUCCAAUUGGUCACCCUGCAUACACGGGUGAUUUGGACGGAAAUAUUGAAGCCGCAAUUUUUCAGAAUCAACUAAAAAGUCACUGCACUCGACGCGUUUCCACGAGCUUGUUGUCUCCCCCAGUCGAUCAACUGCUGUCGCUUGAAUUGCAAUCCCGACCCGUAUUCACUGAGCACACGUGCGGGGAUGCGCCUCUGCCAACUUGCCGAAGCAAUCAGUUCAGAUGUGGAGACGGGACUUGCAUAGACGAGCGACGCAAGUGCGACAAAACACCAGACUGUGCUGAUCGUUCCGAUGAAAAUGGCUGCGACCUGGACACGAAUUCCGUCGGUUUCGGGUCGUUUCGUCACCGCCAGUGCGACGCGUCGGAGUUCAAAUGUACCGAUGGCUAUUGCGUCGCAGGUCACAUGCGCUGCGACCGACUCAUCGACUGCCUCGAUUUCUCCGACGAGGACGGCUGUGUUUUCGGGCUGAAGCUGGGACUCAGCUGUUCGACAGAACGGGCGCCUGGGAUUCGAGUGACGCGCGCGCCUGUCGCUGCUGCUGCUGCGUGGGCUCGCAUCCCCGGGAUUGAUUGCCCUGUUUAUUGCGAACACAGUUUCAGAACAGCUGAUUUCCUGCAGGGAAUCAAGUCCUUGGCGUUUUCAGACCUCAAAUGUCUUCCAGGAGAGUUCAAGUGCAGAACCGGGGAAUGCAUAAUGGGGGUGAAGAAAUGCGACAGCAUGUACGACUGCUCCGACGGAUCUGACGAAGAGGACUGCGGAGAGUUCAAGUGCAGAACCGGGGAAUGCAUAAUGGGGGUGAAGAAAUGCGACAGCAUGUACGACUGCUCCGACGGAUCUGACGAAGAGGACUGCGGUAAGUGCUCUUGGCUUGACCCCUCGACGGCGGAAAUUUGCGAACGCCACUCGCAGCGUCGACCUGAAGUGUCUCUUCCCGAAACUGCAAUAUAUACAUGCUUAAUCAUCUCGACAUUUAACCGGGUGUGGCUUCUAGCUGGACGAUGCAGGGACGAUCAGUUCAGAUGCGCUUCGGGCGAAUGCCUAACGCAGGGCGUGCGCUGCAACGGCUUCCGAGACUGCCGCGACGGUUCGGACGAGAAUAAUUGUGGCACCGUUUGUCCUUCCGGCGAGAUCGAGUGCGACGGGAGAUGCAUAAGUGAAAAUUACCGCUGCGAUGGCGUGGCGCAGUGCAGCAAUGGCGUGGACGAAAUCGGUUGUGAUGUUUGUGGACCUGACCGGUAUCGAUGCAGAAAUGGACAAUGCGUUCCUGCAUCCGCUAGAUGCAAUGGGGCUUAUGACUGUUUCGACUCUUCCGACGAAAUCGACUGUGGUGUUCAAGGAUGUCGUUUGGUGCCAAAACCGGGGAUUGUAUAUCCACAAAUCGGAAGCUCUAACCUCACCUUGCAUCACGACUAUGUUUGCGAUUGUGCGGAAUUUGAAAUUUCGUGCAGAAGUGGCGGAUGCGUGAACGCUACGAAAAGGUGCAACGGGCAAGUGGAUUGCCCUGAUCGGUCAGAUGAAGACAAUUGCCAUUGUGCGGAAUUUGAAAUUUCGUGCAGAAGUGGCGGAUGCGUGAACGCUACGAAAAGGUGCAACGGGCAAGUGGAUUGCCCUGAUCGGUCAGAUGAAGACAAUUGCCAAUGUGAAUCAAACGAGUUCCGUUGUGGAAACGGACAGUGCAUCCGAGCAGACCAGCGGUGCAAUGGUCGGGCUGAUUGUCCCGAUCGUGCUGAUGAACUGAAUUGCCCUUGUCGGAGAGAUCAAUUUUCCUGCGAUGGGGCUUGUUUCGACCAAAGUUUUCUCUGCGAUGGUUUCACUCAGUGUUCGAAUGGGUUCGAUGAACAAGGGUGUCCUGGUGAUGUUACCACAUGUCCUGAGGAUGAGUUUCUGUGCGACGAAGAUUUGUGUCUCAGCAACCGAUUCCGCUGCGACGGAUACCGACAUUGUCGCGAUGGGCUCGACGAACGGAAUUGCCCAGGAAAUCCAGAUCGUUGUGGAGAAUUUCAGUUCCAUUGCGGUUCGGGCGAGUGCGUUGAUAUCAGGAAACGGUGCAACGGAAAAACCGAUUGCACUGAUGCUUCCGAUGAAAAGGAUUGCAAUUGUCGACCGUUGUAUUCCUCGGUGGAUUUCCCUCAGUCAAGAGAUUCCGACACUGGUGACAUACCUCCUGAGUUGAUCACAAUUGUGGGCUACGAUUGCGAUUGUGCUCCGUACGAGAUGAAAUGUCAGGAUAAUGUAUGCGUUAAUUCGACUGCUCGCUGCAACGGUAAAAGAGAAUGUCCGGACGGAAGUGACGAAGCUUAUUGCGAGUGCGAUAGAAAUGAAUUCAGAUGCAGAUCUGGUCAAUGUGUGCCUUCAGAGAGUAGAUGUGAUGGGCGAAUAGACUGCGCUGAUCGUUCGGAUGAAGAAGCUUGCUCGAUAAAUCAAUGCAAUGAAAAUCAAUUUUCUUGUGACGGACGAUGCGUUGAUAAUCGCAGGAGAUGCGAUCGUUACCCAGAUUGUCGUGAUGGAAGAGACGAAUUGGGAUGUGAAUGUUCGAGCUCCGAAUUCGAAUGCAACGAUGGAACUUGCAUCGAUGGAUCCCUGAGAUGCGAUGGCAAAACUCACUGCGCUGACGGCGAAGAUGAAAGAUCCUGCUCUUGUGGACCAAAUGAAUUCCGUUGUUCAGCGUCCAACGGAGCCUGUAUCGAUGCCAGGAAGAAAUGUGACGGAGUUCCUGAUUGUCCCUUGCGAGAGGACGAAACCGAUUGCUCUUCGCCAUCGUUGACAUGUGGAAGAGACGAGUUUCGCUGCUCGGCAUCGAAUGGAGCUUGUAUUGACUAUCGCAAAAAAUGCGACGGGGUUCCCGACUGUCCUUUGAGAGAAGACGAGACUGAUUGCUCAGCGACCUCCUUUGAAACUAACCUUGUGGACAAGAUGAAUUCCGGUGUUCGGCAUCAAAUGGAGCUUGCAUUGACUAUCGCAAAAAGUGUGACGGGGUGCCUGACUGUCCUUUGCGAGAAGAUGAAACCGAUUGCUCUGGACGUUUUGAUGAUUGUGGGGAGAACGAAUUUUCUUGUUACGACGGUUUGUGUUUGCAUGCUCGAAAGCGAUGCGACACCGUCAGAGAUUGUUCGACUGGCGAGGAUGAAGAAGGAUGCCCGGAUCAACCGAGACCUUGUCGCCCCGAUGAAUUCCGCUGUUCUGCGUCGAGCAAUACUUGCAUCAGCGAAAGACGCGUUUGCGAUGGCGUUCCUGAUUGCCCAUUGCGAGAAGAUGAGCUCAACUGCCCCAGUCAACCGUCGUGCCACAGCUCACAAUUUACUUGUUCCGACGGAGAAUGCAUCGACAGUCGGAGACGCUGCGAUUCGAGACCUGAUUGUUCAGAUGGCGAAGACGAAGUCGGAUGUCCCAGGCCUUGCCGAUCGAAUGAAUUCCGUUGCUCAUCUGGAGUGUGCGUGGACCAGCGCCGAGUCUGUGAUGGCAAUAUCGAUUGUCCGAGAGGAGAAGACGAAUCGAAUUGCGGCUCAAUCACAGGAUGUCGUACAAAUGAAUUCCGCUGCAAAAACGGAACAUGUAUUGACGCCCGACGGCGAUGUGAUGGAAGAUCCGAUUGUUCCGAUAACUCGGACGAGUACUAUUGUGACGACACCGAGUGCUCAGGCGGACAAAUCUUGUGCGAUGGUCGAUGCUUGGACACAAGGUAUCGAUGCGAUGGUGUCGAACACUGCAGCAAUGGGAUCGAUGAGCUCAACUGCGAAUGUCGCAGUGACCAGUUUAGGUGCAAAAGUGGGACUUGCAUCCCGAUCGACAGGCGUUGCGAUGGGAACUACGAUUGCGGUGCCGACGGAAGCGACGAGUUCAAUUGCGAAUGUCGAAGGAAUGAGUUCAGAUGCAACAACGGACAGUGCAUUCUUACGAGCUUACGAUGCAACAGAAGGAGAGAUUGUGCUGAUGGUUCCGAUGAGACAAACUGCCCGACGCAAAUCCCUGUUAGCUGUUUGUCCGAUGAAGGGAACUGUAAUGAAAAAAAAAAUGUUUUCAGGACCAGAUUGUGGAACAGGAAUGUUUCAGUGUUCAGACGGUUCGUGUAUCAGCAACAGACAGAUUUGCGAUGGAUAUGCUCAGUGUCCUGAACAGGAAGAUGAACGCAAUUGCAUCAAUCAGUGCAAUUCGAACGAAUUCCGGUGCAAACGUACGUACGAAUGCGUUCCAUCGUCUUCUGUUUGCAACGGAUACCAGGAUUGUUCCGACGGAACUGACGAAGCAAAUUGCGUGCCGCCUGGGAACGAUAUAAACCUGAGAACGUAUCCUUCGGAUCAAACCAUCAAACAAGAUCGCGAAGUCGUUUUCCAGUGCAGAGACGAGGGUCCGAAUCGAUAUCCUGUGAGGUGGUCCAGGGGUAACGGGCUGCCAUUACCCCCGGGGUCGACUGAUGUCAACGGUCGCCUAACAAUGCCUACUGUCAAGUUGAAUCACGGUGGAACGUACAUCUGCGAAGCUGUUGGAGCACCACCUGGAGCUUCGGGUUCCCGCGUUUCCGUGUAUCUUCGCGUCGAAGAAUUAGUCCAGAUCAUCAGGAAAAAAUAA